AUGGCAUCCUUCUUUGCAUCCCAACCAUUUGUGUCUCACCCCAUAGCAACAAGAAGUAACAAUUACUUGAUUCCAUCCUCACAAACACCAAAUCCACAGGCAUCUAAUAGCAAUGACAAUAACAAUAUUAACCAAACUCCAAAAUCACAUGAAAACCCAUCUGCCCUCAGGUCUAACUCAGAGCAGCCACAAAUUAGGCCAAUCAACAAGAAGAAAACAACUGCAGACUCUACUGACUGGAUUGCCUCCGGUUUAACAAGACGGUUCGGAAUUGGGGCGGGUCUAGCAUGGGUCGGUUUUCUUGCGGUUGGGGUCUUAUCCGAACAAAUCAAGACUCGGUUGGAAGUUUCACAACAGGAAGCAGGCACAAGGUAA